AAACAAAACAAAACGAAAUCAAAAUCAUCAUAUGAUGAUUGCAGCCAUAGACAGAGCAUUCGUUAGAUUGUUGUCACUUCGAAAUUACCAUUCACAUCACUGUCAUAUAACGACCAUAACAUAGCAGAAGAUUUAGUUUUCUUUUUCUCCAAUUUGAAUUACCAAUUGAAUUUUUUUUUAUUACUAUUAAUCAUGUAUAAUCCAAAAGACCAAAAUUCUCCUGGAUAUGUGAUGAAUCAUCAGACAAUUGGUUAUCCAGCUCCAGUAACAAUUGGCUAUAAUAAUAAUAUGCAACCACAACAGCCACAAAUGGCCGUUGUUGUUUAUCCACCAUCACCACCGCAACAAAUUGAACAGCCAAUGAUGCAACAACCAGCUCCAGUUAAUUUUUAUCCACCACCAAUGGCACCACAACAAGUUCCAUUUGGACCAUAUUCCCUUCCAAAUGUACCUCGUGGUUUGGAAAUUCUGUUGACACUUGAUCAAUUGAUUAUUGAACAACAAGUUGAAAUGUUGGAAGCAUUCAUUGGUUAUGAAACCAAUAACAAGUAUAUUGUUAAAAAUUUAAAUGGACAACAUUUGUAUUUCGCUGCUGAAGAAAACGAUUUAUGUACACGAAAUUGUCUUGGUGAAGUUCGUCCAUUCAUUAUGCGAUUAUAUGAUAAUAAUCGGAAUGAAAUAUUACGAUUGGAUCGUCCUUGGCGUUGUACUAGUUGCCUUUGUCCAUGUUUCUUACAGGAAUUAAACGUGUAUAGUGGUACACAGAAAUUGGGAUCAAUUCGACAAGAAUGGUCCAUUUUUUAUCCAAUAUUCAGUAUAUUGAAUUCAGCUGGUGAAAAAGUUUUACAUAUUGAAGGACCAUUGAUUACAUUUUCUUGUGGUGGUGAUAUCGAAUUCAAUGUUCUUUCGAAUGAUGGUGAAACUAAAGUUGGCAAAAUUAGUAAACAAUGGAGUGGAUUGGCCAGAGAAAUGUUUACCGAUGCUGAUCGUUUUGGUAUUCAAUUUCCUAAUGACUUGGAUGUAACGAUUAAAGCUGUUUUAUUGGGUGCCACAUUUUUGAUUGAUUACAUGUUUUUCGAAAAAGGUCACAAAUAAUUAUUGUUUUCGUUGACGUUUAUGUUGCUAUUAUUGCCUCUGUUGAUGGUAUUGAUCUUUAUAUAAUUUGUUCCUAAACGAAUCUCUGUAUUUUGUCUCCUUAAGUCACAUUCAUGAUGAAUUUGAUCUUUUUUCCUUUUACCAAAAAAAAACUUGACCAAAUUUCAAAUAAAAUUUGAUAUUAAAAGAUUUACAAGAAAAUGUUUACCAUACAAUUGAAUCGAUUGCCUGUACUCCACGUAGGUGGAAAGCAUUCGUUAUAAUGUUGUCACUUUGA